CCUGUAAAUUUCGACAUACGAUACUAUACGUAGUAGGGGUCGAUUUGUUUGUGCAGUGUAAUUGAAAUGCUAGUAAUAACUAAGUGGUCGUUUUUCAGCGGGCUGCUACGUGGCGAACAUGAUGUUCCCGUCUAACUUCACGCCGAGGUUUCUGCGAGCCAUCUUGAUGGGCGCCGUCGUCGCCAUCACGAUGGCCGAGGUGAUCAUCCACAUGAUGCUGAACGACUACAUCCAGUACGGUGCUCUCCCAUGGUACAUCGGCGAUGUGGCAAUAGUGGCCAUCUCAAUGGUGGAAGUGAUUCUCGCGCCGCCGGUGUCCUGGGCAGGCUAUGGCCGUCGCCGCUCUGCUCUGAUAUCGUGGCUUCUUGUUCCCGCUGUUGCCGUGCUACUGCUGGUUCCUCUACCUCCGCUGGAACUACCUGAAGGAAACUUUUUGUGCACUGGUGCCCCGCAAGAAUCGCUGCUGAGCAUGAACGCCUUAUCCUCGGUGCGCCUCGCGUUCAUUCUGUUCGUCGGUGCUUGCUGCGCAGUGGCUCGCCAAGGCAUAUGGUGUCACGGAAUCGCUUACCUCGACGAGCAUCGCCCUGAUGCUAUAACCAUGCAUUUCGGUCUACUGGUUACAACUCGCGUAGUGGGACUGGUGGUGCUGCCCAAAAUCUUGUUUAAGGAAAUGCCAUACUGGCUGCAGGCCCUCGGCGUUACCGGCCCCCUAAUGCUCAGCGUUCUCCAACUGAUCAAGCUACCUCAACAGGCACCACCAUCUGAGCCGGACAUGAAAGUGAUGUCUAUGACCGGUCGUGAUCGUUACCUGCAGAGUGUGACUCGUGUGAUGCAGUCUAAGCUGGCCUUGUCUUAUAUGGUCAUAAUGUCGCUUCUAGCAGCUAGCGUUUGGGGAUUUGGAUGGUACGAAAAGGCUCUCAUUAGGACGAUGUACCACGUCGUGCCCCCGACUUUCGGCGCAGGCUUGAUUAGCGACAUCCUCAUGUAUCAUAUUGUGGUAAUUCCUGUCAUGCUGAUUGGGUUGAAGCAGAUACCGCCGAUCAGGAAGGUCUUCAACCGAGCUACGAACUCUGCGAUCACUUUCAAACUGAAUGUACUUGUGGGCUUUCUCUAUCUCGUCAUUACUUUGGCUCUGGACUGCAAGCUUUGCCCAAUAGAAGGAUUUGACGGAUUCUCAUACGAGCGACCGAAUUGCAGCGAAUACUGCAGCUGCGCUUCCCCUUGGAACGGUUUCUCACCGGUCUGCGUAGGCUCUGUCGACCUUACGCCCGUCACUUUCGUCAACCCAUGCCACGCCGGAUGCCAGAAGAUCGAGGAGUUUGCUGGAGUGGAGUACUUGACCGACUGCACAUGUGGCCAAUACAAUAUGACGGGCAUCGAAGUGAACGGCACGUGGGUGGGUGGUCACGGACACGGUAAUUCCUGCAGCGCAUUCUCCUGCUUCGGCGUCGUUGGACUACACCAAUUCCUGUUCUUGGUCACCGUCACCCUCACGAUUCUCUCGUUCCAGCUGCAGGGCGUAUUGAUACUCCGCGAGGUGGACCACCGCGACCGCUCCGUGGCACUCGGACUCGCCGGCUCCCUUAUCACCGUCGUCACCUUCGUCGUUGGACACCUGGCCUACUUCUUCAUCGGAGUGUUGACCUGCGCUUGGUCCGAGAACAACAUCUGUCUGCUGCAGAACAACACCUUUCCUACGAUGUUGGGAGCUGUCAGCGCAAGUUUGGCGUUCACCUCCUCAUUAAUCGGGUGCGUGGUAUGGGUUAUUCUGAAGCGUCGCGACGCCGCCGGCGAAGUUGACUCCGAUAACGACAUGUAAACGGCAUCUUUAGUCGAUGGUGUUCAAUAUUGUAAUGUUAACACUGCAUUGUGUUAACAAUUCUGGCAUGCUCGUGGUUAUAUACGUAAGCAGACGCGCUCAGUGUUUGAGACUACGCGUCCCGCUUUAAUUAUUACAUUCCCCACUCCAUUGGUGUUGUGGCUAUUUAUA